AUGAAAUGGAAAGAAAAAAAGAAAGAAAGGAAAGGAAGUCUUGGAUCAUUUGAUGAAAGGAUUCGAGGGGAGGCUGAAGUGAAUGUGAAAAGUUUGGUUGACAUAGGUGGCUCAGAUUUGCCUGAUGUGGUUGAUUAUGCAUGCACCCCUGAAGAAGUUCAGCAGCAUUUCCAAUCAUGCGGCACUGUAAACAGGGUGACUAUUCUGACUGAUAAGUAUGGCCAACCUAAGGGUUUUGCUUACGUGGAAUUCCUUGAAGUAGAAGCUGUUCAGGAGGCUCUCCAACUGAAUGAAUCUGAAUUACAUGGCCGUCAGUUAAAGGUUAUGGCUAAAAGAACUAAUGUUCCUGGGAUGAAGCAGUAUGGCCAAAGACGCUUCAACCCUUACAUGGGCUAUAGAUUUAGGAGACCCUAUGUUCCUCCUUAUUUCUACUCUCCGUAUGGAUAUGGGAAGGUUCCCAGGUUCAGGAGGCCGAUGCGAUACAUGCCCUAUUACUGA